AUGGAGACAUCAAAUGGUGCGAAUUCUGAUAAUUCCAAUGUAGCUUCACUACCUUCAUCAUCAAGCAAUGGAGGAAAUUCCAGGAUACAGUUCCCUUUCCUCCGGUUCAUCCGCUCCCCUAUCUCAACCCUACUUGAACACACCGGUGUCCUUCGGGUCCGACCCGAUCAUCCCUACUCCGAAGCCCACCCCCUUAUACCCGAAAACACCAAUUCUAAUGCCCAAAUUCUCAACAAUUUAAACUCAAUUAACAGCAAUGAUAUUAGUAAUAGUAGUAAUAAUAAUGGGGAGGUAUCGAUUCGGAUUAUUGGGGCAGGGGAGCAGGAUGGGGAUAGGGUUGUUGAAAGUGAUGGUGAGAAUGAUCAACCGGUUUCAGGAUUGGGAUUGGGCACGGAGGAAUCUGUAGAGGUGACCAAUGGUUUUAAUGGGAAUGGGACUAGCGGUAGUAGUAAUGAGACCAAUGGGGAAUCUUCAGCGUAUCAGAGAUAUGAUAUACAGCAGGUGGCAAGGUGGAUUGAGCAGAUUCUUCCCUUCUCUUUGCUUCUAUUGGUGGUUUUCAUCCGACAGCACUUGCAAGGAUUCUUUGCUACCAUUUGGAUUACUGCCAUACUGUUCAAGUCUAAUGACAUUGUUCGGAAGCAGACAGCUCUAAAGGGAGAGAGGAAGAUUUCUGUCCUUGUUGGUUUUUCUGUGGUCUUCAUGCUUCAUGUAUUUGGAAUCUACUGGUGGUAUCGGAAAGAUGAUCUUUUCUAUUCUUUAUUCAUGGUUCCUCCAAAGGCAGUCCCGCCUUUCUGGCAUGCAAUAUUCAUCAUCCUGGUAAAUGAUACAAUGGUGCGACAGGUUGCAAUGAUCUUGAAAUUGGUUCUUCUAAUCUAUUAUAAGAAUUGCAGGGGCCACAAUUUCCGCAGACAGGGUCAAAUGUUAACUCUGGUCGAGUACACACUGCUGCUAUACCGUGCACUGUUACCAACUCCUGUCUGGUAUAGAUUCUUCUUGAACAAAGACUAUGGAAGCCUCUUUUCAUCGUUGACAACUGGGUUGUAUUUAACUUUCAAGCUUACGUCAAUUGUAGAGAAGGUCCAAUCCUUCUUUGCUUCCUUAAAAGCAUUAUCAAGAAAGGAAAUCCAUUAUGGAUCUCAUGCCACGUCAGAACAGGUAACUGCAGCAGGAGAUCUAUGUGCCAUAUGCCAGGAGAAGAUGCAUGUUCCAAUUUUAUUGCGCUGCAAACAUAUCUUCUGUGAAGACUGUGUUUCAGAAUGGUUCGAAAGAGAAAGAACUUGCCCUUUAUGUAGGGCCCUGGUUAGACCUGCUGAUCUUAGAUCAUAUGGAGAUGGAUCAACGAGUCUUUUUUACCAGUUGUUUUAG